UAAAGUAUAUUAUGUCUUCACCCUCUAGUUAGAAGCAUCUCUUUGCUGUAAUACCCUUCCAGCUGGUAUACGUACCCUCCAUUCUAUCUUUAUAUACCCUCCUUCCAUUCUCCUUCCUCGUCCUUCACAUUCUCCUCUCUGAAUUCCUCUUAUUCAGGAAUUUGGAGAGACUGUUGAUAUAGAAAGGUAGGAUAAACCAGUGGCCAAGGAAUAUAUGGCGUUUUCUAUGGUUUUCAUUGUUAGCAACAUUAUGCUGCUUUUCAGUUCAGCAUUUGCCAAAACUGCUAGUCCUCCCUCUCUGAGCCCAACUCCAGCACCAGCCCCGGCACCCGACUACGUGAACCUCACCGAGUUGCUCAGUGUUGCUGGUCCAUUUCACACCUUCCUUGGAUACCUUGAGUCCACCAAAGUGAUUGACACUUUCCAAAACCAAGCCAACAACACUGAAGAAGGAAUUACCAUCUUUGUUCCUAAGGACAGUGCCUUCAAUGCUGUAAAGAAAACUGUCCUAUCCAACCUCACCUCUGACCAGCUAAAGCAAGUGAUCCUCUUCCAUGCCUUGCCACAUUUCUAUUCUCUUGCUGAGUUCACAAGCCUUAGCCAAACCAGCUCUACUCCCACAUUUGCCGGAGGGGAUUACACUUUGAAUUUCACUGAUGAUUCUGGGACAGUGCACAUUAGUUCAGGAUGGUCUAAGACCAAGGUGAGCAGUGCUGUUCAUGCCACAGAUCCUGUUGCAAUAUAUCAAGUUGACAAGGUGCUACUCCCUGAGGCCAUUCUUGGCACUAAUAUACCUCCUGCACCUGCUCCUGCACCAACUCCUGAUAUUGCCCCUGCUGCUGAUUCUCCAACUGAACACAGUGCAGAUAGCAAAGCAUCAUCUCCAUCAUCUACUCAUGAUGACUCCUCUUCUCACAAGUUCAUCAGCUAUGGAAUCUGGGCCAACCUUGUCUUGGCAACUUUUGGUGUGCUGGUGCUCUUCUGAUGGCACUCUUCCUAUUGAAUAUUUAAUUUAGAUUAUAUUUAUGUAUCUACAUUUGGUGCCACUUGCUUUGAUUUGAAUCCAUUUUUUUGAACAUAAGUGUUAUUCAAUAUAUGUAUGAAUGUGAUUUCUUCUAUUAUACUAUUUUUUUGUUAAAUCUCGUAGCAUGUGGAUGUCAUGUGAUGUGGUUGCCAUGUUAUUAUGACUGUAUCUACCUUUUUUGAGAGUUUAAUGCCAUCACUUAAAGUUAAA